AUGGCAUCUUGCAAGUUGAUGUUUUGUUUCGCCGCACUGCUCAUUGUGUCGUCGGUCUUCGCCGAAAAGGAUGCACCGAAAACGGCCGCCGAAAACGAGAGGGUGAAGAAAGCUGCAGUAAUCCCGCCACCUGCUUCAGUCGCGGCCGCUUACGGAUACUACGGCAGUCCUUACGGCGGUAACGUGUACGGCAGCCCUUACAACACCGUGUACGGCAGCCAUUACGGCCAAGCUUACGGUCAAGCUUACGGUUACCCGUACGGAUCGCACCUGCAGGGAAAGUACGACGAUGGCAAGUACCACCAUCACGCGGCUAAGUACGACGACGGCAAGUACCACCAUCACGCGGCCAAGUACGACGACGGCAAGUACCACGCCGGAAAGUACGACAACAAGGCGACGGUGGCCACGGCACUGUACAGCAAGCCGUAUUCAACCGGACACGACGGGUACAACUACGGUUACAACGGUUACAACGGGUACAACGGGUACAACGGGUACAACGGUUACACCGGGUACAACGGUUACAACGGUUACACCGGUUACAACAACGGAUACAACUACGGUUACAGCGGUGGAUAUCCGUACGCUCAAUAUCCGUACAACCACCAAUACUACAAUCACCAACACGCGUCGUACCCGUACGUCUAUUAG